GCAACGGUGGACAUAAACCUCGUGUAGCGGGUAGAAAGAAAUCGGCGUGUGAAGUAUAGGUUAGCGUGCGUAUUUUAGACAUUGAUAAGUGUUUCACGCUUUGAUUUUUUAGUUUUUAUACAAAUUGUUGAACGCUAAUGUAAAUUUACAUCAUUGUAAUCAUGGCGGUACGUGUACAGUUCGAAAAUAACAAUGAAAUCGGAGUAUUUUCCAAGCUAACCAAUUCUUACUGCCUCGUAGCAAUCGGCGGUUCCGAGAAUUUUUACAGUGUAUUCGAGGCUGAAUUAGCUGAAACCAUUCCUGUAAUUCACGCAUCGGUUGCAGGAUGUCGGAUAAUAGGCCGAUUAUGUGUCGGAAACAAGAAUGGUUUAUUAGUCCCAAACACAACUACAGAUACAGAAUUGCAGCACAUACGAAACUCACUGCCAGAUAAUGUUAAAGUGCAAAGAAUUGAAGAAAGACUCUCUGCGUUGGGUAAUGUGAUUGCAUGUAAUGAUUAUGUGGCUCUAGUUCAUCCUGAUCUUGAUAGGGAAACGGAAGAAAUUUUAGCUGAUACAUUGAAUGUAGAAGUUUUUAGACAAACUGUGGCAAGUAAUGUCUUGGUAGGCUCGUAUUCAGUGUUAUCAAAUCAAGGUGGUUUAGUGCAUCCAAAAACAUCUAUACAGGAUCAAGAUGAACUAUCAUCUUUAUUACAAGUUCCACUUGCUGCAGGUACAGUAAACAGAGGCAGCGAUGUUAUAGCUGCAGGAAUGGUUGUAAAUGAUUGGGCAUCUUUUUGUGGUAUGGAUACAACCUCGACAGAACUUUCAGUGAUCGAAAGUGUUUUUAAGCUUAAUGAAGCUGCCCCAGCUGCUAUUACCUCAACUAUGCGUGCAUCUCUUAUAGAAAGUAUGUCUUAAAUAAAAAUAAACUCUCUGAGAGAGUUUAACAAAAAAAGAGAAGGUUAUUAAAUAGAUUGUACUGUGUACAUAAGUUCAAUAUUUAUGUCAAUGCAAUUGCACAAAGCAAUGAGGUGCUUUGAACGACACAUCUUUAGCAAGCACAUUUUCAUGAUUCCAGCAUAGAAUAACUUAAAAUUGAAAUAUUCUGUACUAAAAUUUAUAUGAAAUACACUUUAAGUUCUGUCUUUAAUUACCAAAGCAA